GAGGCAAUAUAUUCAUUUAGUUUAUUAUACAAUAUUUUCUGCUGUGCGACGUUGCCAGACUAGCAGAGUGCAACAUGUAAUCGCAGUUUGGCGCAUUUUUUAAAUUAAAAAAUUGCCCAAUUCGUUUGUUUACUGGCAACGGCAAGAGCAUAAAUACCAUUAUAUGCAAUUUCUAAACAAUGUGUCUUAUCAGUCAGUCACUGUGCUUUUGGCUGUCCUAGCAACGCGCGCCAUAGUAACGCUCGAGGAUACCAAUACACACAGAAAUUGAGAAAAUUCCUGAACCUUUUGCUCAGGUCGUCAGUUUGUUGUUUACGCUAGCUGAAUACAGUUCGACGACUAACGCAACAAAGAAAUGUCUAAUACACGCAUAACCACCGCCUAUGGAGCGCGGCCCUCGUAUGAUUUACAUACAAACUCCAUAUCGCUGAAACAACGUUCCAAAUCCGCAAAUCCACCACAAUUACGGCCAUUUAGCGGCAUUCAGGGUACGCGACCCCGUUAUGUGCCGCCAUUUUCCAUACAAUCGCAGCAGAAAAACACGGUAGUCAUUAACGGUCCCAUACACGAGCCACCCGUCACUGCAAGCGCACGAGGUCGUCCACCGAAUCCCAAAUGUCUGAAGAAACAGCAGAAAUCAAUUUCAUCAUGCAAUUUGAAUGCUAGCCUUAACGCCUGCACGGCUAGCAAGAAUCCGAGGCGUGGCACAUUGUUUCGCAUGUAUUUUGAUCGCGGAGACUUGCCCAUUAAAAUGGAAUAUCUGUGCGGAGGCGAUAAGAUUGGCUGGACGGUGGACAUUGACAAGCUGGACUACAGUCUCUAUUUGCCGCUGUUCUUCGAUGGGUUGGCCGAACCGAAGCAUCCAUAUAAGACCUAUGCUCGCCAGGGCGUUAGCGAUUUGCUUCAAGCGGGCGGCGAUAAAAUCCAUCCCGUGGUACCGCAAUUAAUUUUACCGUUAAAGAACGCACUGAGCACCCGCAACGUGGAGGUGAUGUGCACGACAUUGAAAAUCAUACAACAACUGGUCAUGUCCUCCGAUAUGGUGGGUCCCGCCCUGGUGCCGUUCUACAGACAACUGUUGCCCAUGUUCAAUGCGUUCAAAGUGAAGAAUUUAAACUGUGGCGACGAAAUCGACUAUGCGCAAAAGAAAAAUUUGAAUGUGGGCGAUUUGAUAGAUGAGACACUGCAGGUGCUUGAGCUGCACGGCGGCGAGGAUGCGUUCAUCAAUAUCAAGUACAUGGUGCCGACCUAUGAGUCCUGCUAUUUGAAUUGAUCUCGUAUCUUGUAUCUGAUUAUCUUUUUGUAUCUCAUAUAUGGCUAAAAUGAAAAGCAGCUUUUACAUGUUUUUUGCUUCAUAUACAUAUAUGCAUAUAUAUUUAUAUUUAUCACGAGUA